AUGGCAAACACCACGCCUGCGCAAGAAGAGAACGGCCACCAGCCUCUCACGAAGACCGUUUCGGCCGCCAGCAAUGCCUCUCACAAAAGAGCAAAAUCCUUCCGACAGGAAACUGCGAAGGAGUUCCAGGCUCGCGAAAAGCAUCCUUUGGCAGGUCAUUUUGCCCAUCUGACAUCGGAUCAGGAAAGCGCCGCCCAGGAAUUUCGCAGAGAAUUAUACGAGAAGGGACUUUAUACACCAGCGAGUGAGAAGGGACAAGCAAGUCACGAUGAUACUACUCUGCUGAGAUUUCUACGGGCGCGAAAGUUCGACGUGCCUUCUGCUGUCAUCCAGUUCGCAGACACCGAGAAAUGGAGACAAGAAACUAAGAUCGAGCAGCUGUACGAUACUAUCGAUAUCAACGAGUACGAGCAGGCGAGGUCGGUGUAUCCACAAUGGACCGGCCGUCGCGACCGACGCGGAAUUCCCGUCUACCUUUUCAAAGUCGGCCAUCUUAAUGACAAGACCAUGAACGCCUAUGCCAAAUCCACCGCUCACAAGGGCUCAACCAUUCAAGUGGCCGGAACCUCGAAAACACCCGACCGAAUGCUUCGCCUUUUCGCCCUUUACGAGUCCAUGACCCAUUUUAUCCUUCCUUUGUGUAGCGUUCUGCCGAGAGAACACCCAGAAACCCCGGUAGACUCGACGAACAAUAUUGUGGAUAUUUCGGGUGUUGGUUUGAAGACAUUCUGGAACCUGAAGAAUCAUAUGCAGGAUGCUAGUACACUUGCUACGGCACAUUAUCCAGAGACAUUGGACAGAAUCUUCAUUAUCGGAGCUCCAGGUUUCUUCCCAACCGUCUGGGGUUGGGUUAAACGUUGGUUCGAUCCCGUCACGGUCUCCAAAAUCUUUAUCUUAUCCCCAAAUGAAGUCCUAUCCACCCUCGAAAAGUACAUCGACAAGAAGAACAUCCCCAAAAAGUAUGGCGGCGAGCUAGACUACGAAUUCGGCAUGCUACCUAACCUCGACGAUGACGCAAAGCAGCUGCUUUCCGACAUGCAGCACACCACUGAGACCGGAUGGACAAUUGGACCGAUGAGAUGGGUUGGUGGAGACGGGCCUGGAGCAAGGCUUGUGGCAGUUGGGUCAGAAAACGGACAUAAAAGGAGCAGGGUCCUCGCCAUGCCGGAUCACCUACCAGUCAACCACGUAAUAAACGGAGAAACCGGCGUUGUACCUUUGAAUCUCUCUGAUACUCCUGGUACCCUAGGUGCAGACCUUGCCGCCGUUAAGAAGGCAAAGGUUGCCAGCGGGAAGUCACUUGAGACGAAUGGCGAAAGAAGCAACGGUGCUCUACCUGAGACCACCGUGAACGGCCAAAUGGAAGCUCUAGCGAUUAGUUAG